AUGGACACCCCAGCGAUACCCUUACCCAAAGAUGAACGGGAGCGCCAGAUCCUCGACAAGCUCACGGUCAUCCGGGACAAGCUCAUCCUGCUGAAGCGCGAUCGCACAAAAUAUAUUCGGUCGCAGGAUGUCAUGGUACUGUACGAUGAGCUCAUUGAGCAGGUUAAGCACCUGAACGAAAUUCGGAAGGGGCAGUGCCAUGGAGAGAACCGAUUGGAUAAGGUAUUGGAGAGCUGCUUCCAGCUUAUUUCGCUAUUCUUCAUGACAGUCGGGAGAACGAACGAAGCCCCGGCGGCGUAUGCGGUGACCUCGACCAUAAAGCGGCUGUUGGACCACCUGACAGAAGCCGGACUCUACUCGCCCAAAGACCUCGAGAGCAUAGCAACCACACUCAGCAAGCUGGACGUCAUCCUGGAGAACGCCGAAGAGACACACUCCCCAUACCUGAUCGAGCUGCUCGAGCAUCGCACGAAGCUGUGCAAGUACAUGCUAGCCAAGCUGCAGACGAAGCUGGACGAGAUGGACAAGCCGCUUCAGGCGAUAUACGAGAAGCUCAUCUCCAUCAUGCGAUCCAUGUCGUUAGCCAACACCAAGACUAAGUUCUCGACGAAAGAGGUCCUGAGACUACAGGAAAAACUCAAGGAGAUAGAUGCUUCUCGAGUAAACGGCAAGUUCGUGGACAAGGAUGGCAAAGAGUACUCUGGGAGCGACACCGUAUCGGAACUGCUGAGCCGCUGCCUGACCUGGUCCGACAUAGUUCUCGACAGGAAAGGCGCAAUCCCUGAAGCGUUCCGCGACAAGUACGAGGUGCUCAUCCGGAUUCGCAACGACUUGGAGCGCAUUUCGAUCACACAAGCGUGGUCGCUGCGCGAGACUGACCUCUACGACUUCCAGCGCGAGCUGGACAAGAUCGACGAGGCGCGCGUCAACGGCAACUUCAUCGAUCCCGACGGCAACCCGGCCGAGCUGUACGUGCAGCGCACGCUGCUCUACUUGAUUCGGCGCAGCUACGGCUACAUCUACUACCUCAUGUGCUCAUCGGAACCCGUUUCGGAGGCGCUUUUGCCGGUCUACAACCAGCUGCAGACGCUGAAGCGAUGCCUGGUGGAGGUCAAGAACAGUGGCGGUGUCAGCUCGGUGCGCGAGCUGUACCCUUACAGCUUGAAGCUCAAUUCUAUCGAUAACAUGCGGGUUGAUGGCAAGUUCAUGGUCGGGAAUGAUAUCCCUGAGGGCCAGGGCAGCGUGUGCGAGCUGCUGGCGGAAUGCUUUGACCUGGCGUAUGAGUUGAGAGUGCAGGCGGAUGAAAUGGAGGAUGAGGAGGAACGGCUGGCUCAGGGGCUUGGUGGGUCGAAGGAUUGA